CUGUUUCAGGUUCCCUGUCGAUUUUCCAGACAACCUUCCUUAGGCUAGUACACGGACUGUGACACGUACCCAAGUGUUUACGUGUGUUGAAUAACUCAUUGGGGUAGGGACAAGGAGGGGAAUUGUACUAUUAGGGUGACAUCCCUGUCCAAAUAGUAUAUAUAUAUAUAUAUAUAUAUAUUUGUUUUUUUGCAUAACCGAGUUGGAAGCAUGGAGGCAGGGGCGUGCGACAAUGCUAAUGCAGGUGCUCCUUUCAUUGAGCAGUCCUCAGAACAGGGAGACUUGUCUGGGAGCAGUGAUGAGGGGGAAGGCACCAUGGACAAGGAGACAGUAYCGGCAGUGGAGACUGAGAGCAUGAUGAAACGGCUGUUUGGGUUUGAGAAGGAGGACCUGUCCUCCUGGCAUCGCUUGGUGUGUCUCCUAAACCGCCCCACUGACCCUGCUUCUCUGGGCAUUUUCCGCUUCCUGUUUGGCAUGAUAAUGGCUAUAGACAUUACACAGGAGCGAGGCCUUAGCCACCUGGACUACAAGUACCUGGAUGGGGCUCCCGUGUGCCGCUUCCCUCUCUUCAGCUUCCUGCAGCCGCUGCCUCUUGAUUAUAUGUACCUGGUCUAUGUGGUGAUGCUCUUUGGUGCUGUGGGAAUCAUGUUGGGCUGUUUCUACCGCCUCUCCUGUCUCAUGUUCAUAUCCACCUACUGGUACAUCUUCUUCUUGGACAAAACAGCAUGGAACAACCACUCUUACCUCUACGGACUCAUUGGCUUCCAGCUCACAUUCAUGGACGCCAACAGAUACUGGUCAAUAGAUGGAUUACGUAAUCCCCMAAAAAAGAAUUCCCAAGUGCCACUUUGGAACUACACUCUUCUGAGGUUUCAGAUUUUCAUAGUAUACUUCAUUGCUGGAAUCAAGAAACUGGAUGCAGACUGGGUAGAGGGAUAUUCCAUGUCGUACUUGGCACACCAUUGGCUUUUUGACCCUUUCAGGAUGAUUCUGCCUAAUGAAAUGGUGAGUCUGCUGGUGGUUCAUGGAGGUGGUCUUUGUCUGGACCUGUCUGCCGGCUAUCUGCUGUUUUUCGAUGCCACACGCCCUUUUGGCAUUUUCUUUGUCAGCUACUUCCACUGCAUGAACUCUCAACUCUUCAGCAUCGGUAUGUUUGCCUACACUAUGCUGGCCACGAGUCCUCUCUUCUGCUACCCCGACUGGCCCAGGCACUUCUUUGCCCGCUUCCCGGAGAUCCUCAGGCCCGUGCUGCCGCUCACGUCUCCUCCCCCACAGCCCAGCACCUCCUGUGUUUACCCAGUGACCCAGCACACAUCUACGGGACUACAGGACUUGUCCCCUGCCCCCAAGGCCUCCAAAACACAGUUUAAACACAAGCUGGCAACCCUGUUCACCAUUCUGUACCUGGCUGAACAGUUGUUCCUGCCUUACUCUCACUUCAUCACACAGGGCUAUAACAACUGGACCAAUGGCCUUUAUGGGUACUCCUGGGAUAUGAUGGUUCACUCCCGAUCCCACCAGCAUGUCAAGAUCACCUACAAAGAUGGAAAAACAGGAGAUGUCGGAUACCUCAACCCUGGGGUGUUCACUCAGAGUCGGCGGUGGAAGGACCAUGGGGACAUGCUGAAGCAGUACGCCACCUGCCUGAGCCGCCACCUGCCUCACUACAACAUCUCUGAUCCAGAGAUCUACUUUGACAUCUGGGUGUCCAUCAAUGAACGCUUCCAACAACGUAUCUUUGACCCCCGUGUGAACAUUGUGAAGGCAGACUGGUCACCAUUCCGUCCAAAUCCCUGGCUCAUGCCUCUGCUGGUGGACCUCUCUCCCUGGAGGACCAAGUUCCAGGAGAUCGAGGGCUCGUUGGACAACCAGACAGAGAUAGUCUUCAUCGCAGACUUCCCAGGUCUUCUUCUAGAGAACUAUGUCAGUGAGGACCUGGGCAACACCAGUGUUCAGGUACUGCAGGGCCAGCUGAAUGUUGAGAUAGUGGAUGAGAAGAAGAACUACACGCUCCAACCUGGAGAGCAGAAGCAGCUUCCUGCUGGGGCCUACCAUAAGGUGUACACAGUGUCUGAGGGGCCGUCCUGCUACAUGUACAUCUACGUCAACACCACAGAGGCAGCGCUACAGAGGAACUUCACUAAGCUGUUUGAACUGCAGGAGCGGGUCCGCAACGGAACAGAAACGGAACCCCUCCCUCCAGAGCUCCAGUCGCUCAUCACUGGAGAAAAUGAGGGGUCAGAAGCCAAUGUGAUGGAUCCCGUUGUUCAGCUAUUCCUACGGCGACAGCGGAGGAUGAAAGAAGUAAAGAAGCGCAGAGAAGCCAAUGUAUGCGAAAGGCUGAACCGGUUUACUGUGAAAAAGUACUACAUGUUGCGUCGAGCGUUCCUGAUGACAGCCAUUGCAAUGCGUAAUCUGGCGGUGGGCCUCCCUCCUCUGGAGCAGCUGACCAGGGAAGUGGCCUUCGCGAACAUGAAGGAACCAGAGACUGAGGCCAGCCAGGACCUCAAGGAUGAAGUCGGCCACGAUGAGCUCUAGGAGUGUGUAAAAUAAUUUUUACGUGAAUGUGCUUGAAUGACAGAAGGCGCUAGACUGUUACUACACUGGGUACACCAACCCAGUAAUCAAAGGAUUUUCAUUUGAAUGGUUUUGAACAUUUGGAAAUCUGAAAGAGAAAUGACUUGUUUGGGGGGAGGUGGGGUAAAGGCUGCAUUGUAUUUGAAAAUAUGUUUGAAAUUAUGCAGGGGCAUGUUUCUGAUGACUGAUCUUGCAGUUUAACUGAAAAAAUACAUUCCUAGGUUGUGCAAGAUCACAUUGUUCUGUUUGGUCUUAUUUCGAUAUUGCCAUAAGUAUUAUAAUUCAAAAUCCAACAUGCACCUUCACAAAAUGUAUGUUUUUGCUAUCCCUAACUUUAAUGAGGUMAUUUAUUUUAGACCGACUCCAGUUGUGAAAAGUGGUGAUCAACUUUAUAUGCUACAGGUAACUGCCAAAAUAAAGGAAACACAAUUUUAAACCCCCCUAAGGUUGAUGUCCGUGCCCCUGCUGAAAUCUAAUUAGCAUAUUAAAACAUCUCCAUAAAAAUG